AUGAGAAAACUGAAGUCUUUCUUAGGGCUUCUUAACUACUACAGCCGUUUCCUACAAAAUUCCUCCACCUUACUCCACCCUCUACACAACUUGUUGAGAAAAGAGGCAAAGUGGGUUUGGACUUCGGAGUGUGCUAAGGCAUUUGAAGAUGCAAAGCAGCUAUUACAGCAAAGUAGGGUGUUGGUGCAUUACAACACACGGUUGCCACUCCGGAUUGCCUGUGAUGCGUCACCCUAUGGAGUAGGGGCGGUAAUUUCCCAUGUCAUGGACAAUGGAGAGGAACGGCCGGUAGCUUUUGCAUCAAGGACGUUAACGGAGGCUGAAAGAAAAUAUGCCCAAAUCGAGAAAGAGGCACUGGCUAUCAUCUUUGGAGUUAAGAAAUUCCAUAAAUACCUCUAUGGGAGGAAGUUCACACUGAUUACAGAUCACAAACCGCUGUUAACUAUCCUUGGACCAAAGUCAGCAGUUCCAACGUUGGCAGCAUUAAGGAUGCAAUGCUGGGCUCUCAUCCUCAUGGCAUACAGCUAUGAUAUUGAGUACAGGAGAUCAGCUGAUCAUGCAAACGCUGAUGCUCUGUCUCGCCUACCCACUGCCUCAUUCGACAACACAGGAGAAGAGGGAGUGUGGAGCUACACAAUGAAUGGAUGGCCCAGUCAUGUUCAGGAGGAAGCACUGCGGCCUUUUUUCAUACGCAGGCAGGAGUUGUCAGCGGAACAAGGCUGCAUUCUUUGGGGCCAGCGAGUCAUCAUACCCCCAGGUUAUCGACAGCGUUUACUGGAAGACCUUCAUCAUGUGCACCCAGGUAUCUGCCGCAUGAAAGCUCUCGCUCGCAGUUACAUGUGGUGGCCUGGCUGUGAUGGGGAAAUUGAAGAGCUGGUGAAAGGUUGUUCUAUCUGCCAAGCUGUUCAGAAAAUGCCAGCAGUCGCACCGCUGCACCACUGGAGGUGGCCGGAAAGAGUGUGGCAGAGAAUUCACAUUGAUUUUGCAGAGAAGGAUAAACAGUAUUUUUUGGUAGUUAUUGAUAGCCAUUCAGAGUGGUUAGAAGUUUUCCCCAUGUCUUCCACCACAUCUCAAAACACCAUUGUAGUGCUGCGAAGCCUGUUCUCUGCGUAUGGACUGCCAGAAGAGUUGGUCUCAGAUAAUGGUCCACAGCUGGUGUCGAGGGAGUUUACACAGUUUCUGGAGGGAAACGGUAUCAAACACACUGCUGUACCUGCAUACCAUCCUGCAUCAAAUGGAGCUGCAGAGAGUACACCCCACACAGUGACUGGUCGGACUCCGGCUGAGUUAUUUCUGAAGCGCCAGAUUCGGACACGUUUCAGUUUGCUUAAACCCAAGCUUGCCAGUCGGGUUGAAGAGAAACAAGCUACACAGAAACGUCAUCAUGACAGUGGUGGUUCAUGUCUUCGGGUUUUUCAGGAUGGGGAAGCUGUCCGUGUCCGAAAUUUCAGGGGAGGAGUGGAGAAAUGGAUUCAGGCAAAAGUGCUGCAAAGACUGGGAGCUGUCACAUACAUGGUACAGGAGGGUCAGAGGCAACGCACAGUGCAUGUCGACCACAUGUUGCCAUGGCGAGGAAAAGGUGAACAAAUUAAAAAAGUUUUGCCCUCACCAGUGGUUGAGAAUGAACCACCAGUCAUCAGGGACUGUGUUUUUCCAGCUGUUGUCCCCAGUGCACCAGUCAAGCUAAUACCGCCUACAGUUCUCAUUAGACCAGCUGAACAGGUUGUCGAUGUGUCAUCAUCGCACACAGAAAGCAAAAGCUCACCUGAGCAACGGAGGUAUCCAGAGAGGGUACCACCUAAAAAACUGGAUUUAUAA